AUGGCUUCCUCUAAAACCGAGCUCGACUAUCGCAUUUCGGAUGAUCUCGGCUACGGCCUUGGUAGCGGAACCGCAGCAUUCCGACUCAAUGGGAUAUUUCACUUCUGGAAAGAGCACCUCGGCUUCAACAUCCACCCAACCAUCCGAGAGUCCCUGCAGACAACGAAUCCCCGCAUCGCAGAUGUAGCCACAGGCACAGCUAUCUGGCUCAUAGACCUGGCGAAAGAGCUUCCGGGUGCGACCCUUGACGGCCUCGAUGUCACACUCGACAUGGCGCCUCCGGUGGAGUGGCUCCCACCUAACAUCACCUUGCGCCAAUGGAACAUAUUUGAAGAGCUACCCAAAGAGCUGAAUGGGGACCCCUCGUCCAUAAUCCAGAAGAUCAUCCGCAUGCUAAAGCCCGGAGGAUGGAUUCAAUGGGAUGACCUGAACAUCCGUGAGGCCAAGAUCUUCAAAGCCAGGCCUGAACUCAAAACCGAAGCAUUGGAAUAUCUCUCUCGGUUCUGGAAUACAGGCGAACGGCAGGACUGGAUAGGUUGUCUUCCGCAGAGUUUUGAUCAAGAGGGACUGGAAAGAACGAAGAUCGACCGAUAUGAAAACUUGAAGCAAUAUUUAAAGGCCGACUGCGAGGGAUAUAUCGUGACUUGCGAGGAAACUGCCCGAACACUUGCUAGGAAAGGGAAGGUAGAUGAGGCAAGGGAAUUCUCGCAAAUCGUCCACCAAGCAUCGCUGGAAGCUGCAGCUGGCGCUGCCGUGGUGGCUACUAGGGUCGUCUGCAUCGGGCAAAAGCCGGUGGCGUCGUAAACUAAGCGAUCGUCUGAAG